GUGUUGUGUUAAUGAUGUGUCUAUCUGUCCUGUCUGUUUGGCUGACCAUACCUUUGGUUAGUGCUAUUUAUCUUUGAGAAAACAUCGUUCAAAAAGAUUGUCAAGAGAUAGCGUUCUGAUGGUUCUGAAGUGAUUCGCAUGCCGAAAUAUUUCGUAUCAAAUGCGGGACAGCGGGUGCAGUUUGAGGUCAAACCGUGAUACACUCGCAGGCUGGCGAUGAUGCAUCACCCGUGGGAAUUCGCUUUUGCUUUCACCAACAACCAACAUGCACAGUGGUGCUGCUCAUCGUUCGUUCGGGCGGACAUGCGCAGUACAACGUGUUUUCCUCCUUUUCCCGACCGCUAGCAUUCGCAUUCGCCAGAUGUGAAUCCGAUGAGAAACAGAACGCGCUGGUGUGUUGCUGGCGGGUACGUUUUGCACAACUCAAACUCACACUGUUGCUGCUGUGACCCUAGGCGAGGAGGGGCUGAGCCUAAGUAAUUCACAAUUUCCGUUCCACUACCUCGCCAACGAACCAUUUUAACCGACGAUCUUCACCGUCACUUGGUCACUGUGAUGAUCUCAAGUUCAAUGGCGGAUGAUUAGGGCAGCAAGAGAGCGAGAGAGGGAGAGAGAGCGAUCGAGUUUGUGAAGGUGUGUUGCAGAGAGAUACGCCAGCAAUUACGACACAAAAUUAAACGGAAGGAGAGCACCAUACCUUCGGAAUCUCCCACCCGUGAUCUCACUACUGCUCUGAGAUAAGAAGAUUACAUUACAUCAAGAAAGGAAAUGAGAUGCAGUGAUAAAGCGGUGAUAAAAAAAAUGGAAAACUAAUCCACUUUUAAACGGUAGAUGAUCGCACACGUGACUCGUUCGCGCGUUUAAAGCUGCUUGAAACGAACUCGAACGAACGAAAUCAAAAUAGCUCAGUUUCUACAGUGAAACGAACGGAGCAUAACUUUAAACACAGCGAGUAUACAUUAUUUUCAUAAAAUCAUUUACUCCGAGCUUCUCCACGAACAUACAACAGUGCACCUCACUGUAAACAGAAGUAAACAAGUAGCUCAAGUAGCUCAACCAAAAACCCAAGGAAAGGCGGUCGGUGGUGGUCCGGGUUUUUUUUGUCUUCCGGCCAAUCACGUUUCGCUGUUCCGUGCCGCGAAUCUCGCGCUAAUCAAUUCGUCAACUCAUCCGAUUGUGUGCCGCUACCGUUGUGAACGUUAGAUAACGACACCGAAGACGACAACGUUCGUAUUGAUUCCGAGUGUUCCUAAUCGCAACCGCAAACCCGAACACUGCAAAAAGAUGCUUCGAGGCUCGCAGCUUUUGCUUCGUAGUUUAAAGUGGAGCGUUCCCGUGACCAGCAGCACCAGUACCAGUGGCCAGUUCGCUCAGUGGACCCUAGUGAGAAGAAUGUUGCACGGAAAUCCGCUAACCCAGAGCCAAGCGUUCGUGAAUGGACGCUGGGUUGGGGCCCGUUCGGGGGCUACGUUCGAGGUACAGAACCCGGCCAACGGGCAGGUACUGGGAGUGGUACCGGACAUGAGCCGUGACGAUGUGCAGCUGGCCAUCGAUGCCGCCUACGACGCAUUCUACGAGAAGGGAUGGCACAACAGUACGGCCAAGGAACGGGCAGCGCUGCUAAAGAACUGGUACGCGUUGAUGGAGAAGAACCGCCAGGAGAUUGCGAGUAUCAUGACGGCGGAAUCGGGCAAACCGUUGGUGGAAUCGCUCGGUGAGCUGACGUACGGGAAUUCGUUUGUCGAGUGGUUUGCCGAGGAAGCGCGCCGCAUCUACGGUGAAAUCGUACCAUCACCCGUGGCCGGACGGCAGAUUAUGCUGACGCGCAAUCCGGUCGGUGUGGCCGGACUCAUCACGCCCUGGAACUUUCCGCAUGCCAUGAUCACGCGAAAGGCAGCCGCUGCCUUGGCUGCCGGCUGUACGGUCGUGAUUAAACCGGCCGAAGAUACGCCGCUAACGGCACUCGCCCUGGCUCGGCUCGCCGAGGAGGCUGGCUUCCCGAAGGGUGUUAUCAACGUGAUAACGAGUAGCCGAACUCAUGCGGCCGAAAUUGGUCAACUGCUCUGUGGCAGUGAUAAGGUGGCGGCCAUUUCAUUUACCGGCUCGACCGAGGUCGGCAAACUGCUCUACCGCCAGUGUGCGGAUGGCGUGAAACGGAUUGGCCUAGAGCUGGGCGGAAAUGCACCGUUCAUCGUCUUCAAAUCGGCCGACAUUGACAAAGCGGUGACCGGUGCGAUGAAUUCAAAGUUCCGCAACUGUGGCCAAACGUGCAUCUCCGCCAAUCGGUUCCUUAUUCAGGACGAAAUCCACGAUGAGUUCGUUGAGAAGCUGAUCGAACGGAUCGGUAAAUUGGCGAUCGGUGAUGGUAGCCGUGAGGGCAUUCAGAUCGGUCCUCUGAUCAAUCGGGCACAGCUAACCAAAGUCGACCGAUUUGUGAAGGAUGCGAAGGAGAAGGGGGCAACGGUGCGCCAUGGUGGACGCACCUUACCCCAGCACGGUGAACUGUACUACGAGCCGACGGUCGUGACGAACCUGCGCGAUGAUAUGCUGCUGUACAAUGAGGAAGUCUUCGGACCGGUCGUGUCGGUGGUGCGCUUCAAGACGGAGGAGGAAGCACUGGCCAUCGCGAAUGGUACACGCCGUGGUCUGGCCGGUUACUUCUUUUCGAACGAUCUGAACCAGGUGUUCCGGGUGGCACGCGAACUGGAGACCGGCAUGAUUGGCAUCAACGAGGGGCUCAUCUCGGCCACCGAGGCCGCCUUCGGUGGUAUUAAGGAGUCGGGCGUUGGACGUGAAGGCUCACGCCAUGGUAUCGAUGAAUACGUUUACAUCAAGUAUCUCUGUUAUGGCAAUUUGCAGUAGAUCGCGGAACGAAUAGCGAUCACGAAUACUCCGUAUAUUAGCUACUAGUCACAAAGAGCAGCACAAGGGCUGCGCUCAUCGCGCAAUGCAACGCAAAAAACUCCAUCGUACGUCUUCCACGGGCGCCAUAAAGUCGCUGUUUGAUAAUGUAUCAAACCUGAUAUAGAUUUAAGUGCUAAAUGUUCAUGUUAGUCCGUGUACCCGUGUUGAUCAUCAUCCAAUAAAGCUUGUGAAGCACAAACAACCAUUACCCUGA